AUGGAAUACUCUGUGGGGAUUUUAUUAUUGUGCUUGACCAUCAGUAGCUUUUUGGAUUAUUCUCUUGCUUGUCAAGGAUAUAAAUUGAAAGUUCACUACUUAAGAAAUUGCGGAGACAUCGAGAAAAAUGUCAUCAAAAUUCAAGAAAACUCGACCAUCAAAAUAACUAAAGAUUGCCAGAUAGUUCCAAAUUCAUGUGCUGAAACUGCUGGCUUCAAGACAGCGUUAGUUAAAUAUCAGGUGUCGAGGAAUAACAUUCCAAUCCUUAAGAAUCAACUUGACGCUUGCGAAAUGGUUACAAAAGUAACUGCGGAUAUGAGGAAUAUGAUGACACUUUUUGGAUUACCAAAUAAAUGUCCGAUUGAAGCUAUGAAGAAAUGUGACGAAGGCAAAACGGCAGACAUUGACAAAUUCAAGAAAUUCAUAAGUCUUGCUGUUGGUGGACCAAUAAAAAUCGAACUGAAAAUCGAUCAUGACAACGGAAAAACUUGUCUCGAAUCUGAAUUUGAAGUUGUGAAAUAAAUGAAAAUCAUUUCUUUUAAUAUACUUAGAGGAAUGUUUGGUAUAAAAUCUGCAACAAACAAUUCCUUAACAACAAUAAAGAAUUUUGAU